GUGGACGAUAGCCGAUGGGUUAGUGUCUUGAUAAAUAAAUAUAUUAUUAUUAUUAUUCCUACAGUUGCUUUCAUUUAGGAAGUGUCUAUUUUUAGUAUUAUUACUUCUUAGUUCUCGCAUCAUGUACGAACUUUUAAAUGAUAUUUUGGAAUGUAUUGAGUUUGUGUCCAGAAGCGUGCUGUCUAACCUUUCAGAAGUAGUAGAAACAUGGGAUCGAAGCUCACAGUUGUAUGCAGGCAUUGUUGAAAAAAUUAACGUGGCCUGGAGGGCUCCUUUGGAUACAGAUUUUUUAGAAGAAUUCCCUGAUAUUAGAAAUAAAGUAGCAAAAAAACUUGAAUGGCUUGGAAAUGAUCAACUUACAGUCUUGCGUUUACUUAUUGGACGUGUUUUCAGCAUAAAUGAACAUCUUAAAACUAAAUUGGAUAAAAUUAACAAUAAACUUGAGCAAAUAUCAUUUGAAGAACAUAAUGAGCUUAAGCAUUCAGUCCGUGAACAUGUCAUGUGGAUAGAAGACUGUUGGACAUGUCUUCAUUGCUUAUAUAUGCAACUUGAUUUUGCUAUGAUGUCAUUAAUUGUAUUAGAUGAAGAAUCAGCGGCGAAUCUAGUCAAAGCAAUUCAACAAGAUGAAAAAGAUAGAUCAACCAUACAAAAAUCACAAAUUUAUAUGCAAAGCUGCUUAAGUUUAAUAAAGUUUAUUACAAAUAAAACUAAGGUUAAACAGCUUUGCGUAUAAAUUUGAUUUCCUUAUUUA